GGCGCAUGCGCACACACAGUCGAGUGGACGUUAACCCAAAGCUCUCCUGCUUUUCUCUUUUAAUCGCUUUAUGAGUAAGAUAAACGUUCUAGCUGCUUCUGUAUUGUUCCAACUACGUACGGCGGAGGUCUGAGGGAUCCUGCAUGAACCUCGGACCCGCGGAAGGGCUUCCCGUGUGAGGAUCAGAGGAGGGGAAUCAUCCGCUACUCAGUUCGGAUUUGUCAUCCCUGGUGCGUCUGGAGCUCCAGUAAAGUGAAGCUCGACACGUCCCACAGAGCGACGGCUCAGGGUGACAGGUUAGGCUGACAGGUGGGUCGUGGAAGGUGUAGGGACCAGUGAGCGUGAUGGGCAACAGCGCGAUCAAGGCCCACCUGGAGACAUCCCAGAAGACCGGGGUCUUCCAGCUGACCGGGAAAGGACUGCAAGAGUUUCCCGAGGAGCUACAGCGGCUGACGGCUAACCUGCGCACCGUGGAUGUUUCUCACAACAAGAUCGAGGUGCUCCCGGCCUCCAUCGGGAACUUCCUGCAGAUGAAGAGUCUCACGCUCAACUCCAACAAACUCACCAGCCUGCCCGGUGAGCUCAGCAAGUUGAGGAAGCUGGAGACCCUGAGUGUGAGCGGGAACCAGAUCACGGGUCUCCCGUCCUCCCUGGGCCAGCUCCGGGCCCUGCGCACCCUCAACCUGUCCGGGAACCAGAUCCGAGAGUUCCCCCCCGGCCUGGGGACCCUGCGCAUGUUGGACCUGCUGGACCUCUCCAAGAACCACAUCCGGGUGGUCCCCGUGGAGGUCUCCACCCUGCAGGCCAUCGAGAUCAACCUCAACCAGAACCAGAUCUCGGAGGUGAGUGCCGAGGUGGGCCGCUGCCCGCGCCUCAAGGUGCUGCGCCUGGAGGAGAACUGCCUGGAGCUCUCCUCCAUCCCCGUCGCCAUCCUCAGCCAAUCACAGGUCUCCCUGCUCUCGCUGGAGGGGAACCUCUUCCAGGUCAAGAGGAUGAGGGAGCUGGAGGGAUACGAGCAGUACAUGGAGCGCUUCACAGCCACCAAGAAGAAGUUCUCCUGAGAGGUCAGGAGGACCUCUGACCUCUGACCCCCACCAGCUGCCCGCGCUUCAAAUCAAACUUUAUUCAUAAAGACUCAGGCUACAGAGACCAGCAAGAUACCCCCGCCAAGACGACACCUGGACACCGCGAAAACACACUGUACACAGACCACACACACACACACACACACACACACACACACACACACACACACACACAGCAGUCCGUUUAACCGUGGGUAACGAGGUAUUAACUCUGAUCUCAGAGACGUUAUAUUCCUUUGUUCCUUUCCUUUAUGAUUUUUGACCUCACUUUAAACCCAGAGUUUCAGCCAAGUUGUACUGGGAAUGUUCUGCAAAUGUGAGGCCGUCCAGCUGAAGCUAAUGCUAACAGAGUAUUGACAGGAGCAGUCGGUUGGCACACCUCACUGAAAUAUGCAUUUGGGAACACAUUAAUCACACUGUGAAACAGGUUAUUGAACUAAUCAUACGUUUCAUUGAAGGAGUUUUGCUUCCUAAUGUUUUCCAACACCUCUUUUCCCAGUUUAACAGAACACUACUAGUCUGACCGCGUGUAUAACUUGUAAAUUAUGGAUGCCUCAAAACGGAAAGUGUUAUUUAAAAGCUGUUGCAUUGUAAUAUAUCCAUUAAUAAAAUCACGAAUGACUAGAACCUCCA